AUGAAGCUGAAGAUCAACAAAGCCUACGAUCUCAGUUCUAUCUCAGUUCUUCCUCCUCACUCUAGGAGAUCAAAUGCAGGGCCAAGUGGUUCAAAGUCUUCAUCCAUUUUUGGGAAAAGCCAAGCCCCAAUGCAGCUGAGAUCGCAGCAGCAACUACAACAAUCACAGCAGUCAUUUUCGCGGGGAGUUUCAUCUCAGCAUGGAUUAUUCUCUUCGUUCUCGCAAAAUUCUCAAGAGGAGGCCCUAACAAAUGAACUGAGAUUAGUAUCACAAGAAAGAGAGAAUUCAGUGAAGAGGAAUUAUAUUUUACCUCCAGAUAUCAAGAUCUUCCAGCAAUUUAAUGCGCAAGUGGUCCGUACCAGAGUACAAAUGUUUGGGAUGAUUUUGGAAUGUGUUCAGAGUGACAUCAUGCAAGUUAACAAGGGCACAAAAGAAAUAACACUGAACAUGGAUAGCAUACAGGAGAAGUUGAUUGUUCAUGAUAACUCACUGCAGUUAAUGAAUAAAGGACAAGAAGAUAUCAAAGCUGGUGUUGAUGGCGGCUUUAAAUAUCUGUCUGAUCAAGUCAAGAAGAAUACAAAUCAAGAGAAUGUUAAGGAGAUCUUCUCAAUGAUUUCAGCUUUAUCAGAGAAAUUUGACACUCAGAUCAUGAAACUACAAAGUGAAUUACAGGCAUGGUGUAAGCUGUUGUGCGGGGAGAGACCUUCACGUCGAAGUGCGACAACGCAUUCAAAAGCACUGCAAGCAACUUUGUCACCAAAGAUUGAAAUGGGAGGAUGGACAUCAGUAAAACACAAACAACCAACUUCGGAAUGUAGAAGUCUCAAUAAGAGGUGUAACAAGAUAAAAGUGUCGCCCACUCAACUGAUUCAGGAAUGCAGAGGCGUCAUUGAAUCAGAUGAGGAAAUUGAUGGAGGUUUUUCCUGCUUACUUGAAGACAGGGGAACAUGUAACUUCGAUGUAGGAAAUUAUUCAAUGGAGGCUGCCCAAGAAAAUUCAGAGAGGAUACUGAGGAAAGCAAGGAGAAAGAGAAAAUAUUGA